AUACUUGUGUGGGCAUGCACAGUGUUCAAAUAGCAUCACGUGCGUUGGUGUGUAUCUUGAAAGUCGAAGAGCGCUAGUCCGCAUUCUACACAGUAACUAAUAGUUGGUUGGAGAUCUGGGCACGAACCACAACAUCUCGUCAGUCGCGUUCACUCCGCAUUUACUACCGACAUCAUCACUUUCAACUAAUUUUCUUGACAACCUCUGCACAACCCCGUCCUACGGAUAGUUGUCGUCGCCAGGCAACACGCAAUCUAUUCGAUCCACGGUACCCGCAGAACAACCUCUUCAAUAUGCCCCGCCCAAAAAGAACGAAAGUCGCGUCAACAGCGGCGGCGUCGCGCGUCGCGCCGUUAAGCAGCACAACAACCAGCACGGAAUCGAUUCAACCGAGAAGAAAAUCUAAAACUGCACGACACCAGACAGAAAAUAUCAGCGAUGACAGUGACGGGCUUGUUGUCAGAGCUACCCGUGCGCGUUCCUCACGACAAAACGAGUCCGAUCAAUCCCUACAAUUCACGAUGACCGGCGCAUUGCCUGCAGCCACUGAGACACGAACAGAGACCCGGAAACGAAGUAGUCGCGGGAAAGAGCUGACCCCACGAGCAGUCUCAACAUCAGAGGCUAGGCGCACACCGGGAUCGAAAAGUUCUAGCAGAAGGAUCUCGUCUGGCAGACGUACCAGGACAAGUACACAAGAUGUCUCCCAAGAUAGUCCGCGGCAAGGAGGUCUUGAUUCGCUCGGAGGUAUUGGUCAAGAUGAAGAGAGCAGCAUGCUUGACCCAAGUCUUCUCACAUUUGGAUCACUGGGCUCUGAUUCACCCGAUGCAGCUGGCACGCGCCCCCCAUCAGCAAUGAAAAUCGGGACCACACCAGCGCAUGAGACAUCCAUAUUGGCGAUCAAGAAUUUCAAGCGUCGGCCGCGGCAACUAAGUCUGCUACGCCAGGCACAACAAGCAACCGAUGUCGAGGACAAUGGCGAGGACAGUCUCGAUGAAGCAGAUUUGGAUGACCUGGAUGACUUUCUCCCGGAAGCAGAGUCAACUCCAAUCCAUCUUCGUCAGAACCCGCCGAACGAUGAUAACAAUGAUCCUGUCGAUCAAAGUGGACUAAGUCACUCCAGCACUAGUUCACGAGGGAGGAAGCGUAAAUUAUCUCCGGUGAUACAAGUCCCGCGCUCAUCACCACCAUUUGACCCACCAUCGGGAUUGGAUGUUUACAAUUCACAGCGAUCGUCACCAAGCCUACCAGAUUCGGCCGACGAGAGUCUUGAGGAAGUGGUGGAGACACAGGAGCUUGGGGAUCAGGAACCAGAGCAAGAUAUCAUGAGCGAGACCAUGGCACCCCCAAGGUCAAGUAGUCCCCCCGAACAAGCGCAAGCAUCUCCAACGAACACACGACAGAGAUCCAAGAGAGGGACAACAAGGAGAGAUAGUGGCAACCAGGACUCCGAGGGCGAGGAGACUGAGCGGCCGAGGAGAAAAGCGAGGAAUGCCCGGUCUAAGAACGAAACGCUUUCCACCGCGAAACUUCAGGCACUUCUUCCUCGAAGGCGACACCACAUCGAGAAAGAGUAUGACGAAUUCGAUAUAGAAAGCUCUAGAGACUCUGAGAUUAUCGAUUCCGAUGAAGAUGAGCUGCAAAGACCACCAGCGCGUGCACCAAGGGCUGCGACCAAAUCUACGAAAAAGCUUUCUAAAGCAGAUAAGAAGUCAACCAUGCCGACGAACAAGGCGAGGAGAAAUACGAGGACAUAUGGUCGUCGAAUAUCAUCCGAUAAGGAGAACGAAAGCUCAAAUAUCUCACAUGAACAAGCUGAAGAGGAGGACGAAGAAACCGGAAUUUCAAUGACCCUGCCCAGUGAGCAAUUAGCGGCAAUGGCAAAGAAAUUCGAAGACGUCGAUGCAUGGGAGAUGGACUUUGAGAGUGUGGAUGUGACAGGUGGCAGUUCAAGUCCUUGGCGAUAAAUUUCCGAGUGCUCUGCAGCGUAUUUCUAGAUGCCUCGCGGAAUCCGCAAUUAUGUAACAUAUAGCUCUUCGAACGGUGACCGAACCGAAUGAUAUUAACUUCUUAUCACCUACGCCUACAGAGCGUGAAUCCUUACAUAGUCGUCCAUCCGGCGCACCCAACACUAUAUGUGCGUACAGUUGAGCAUCAGCAAAUAAUACAGUGGAAAAAUGAAAUCGGCAUUUUGAUAGAGAUAAUAACCAACUAAUUAAUAACAUUUACACAGUUACGAGUAAUAUGGACCCCAAAUCGGUUACGACGGAUAAGAGGCGAGACGACGUCAAAAGCCCGCUAAACCCAACCCCGAAUCACUACCCCGGUUUUCCAUUAUCAUUCAUCAUCAUCAUCACUUUAGUUAGCAGAGAUGUGGCCUGAAUUUACAGAUAC